AUGGAAGAUUAUGAUGAGAGAAUUAAAAAUUAUAACCAAAAAAUUAAGGAAUACAACGAAAGAGUAACCAAAUAUUUCCAAGAAUCAGCCGAAUCUAACCAAAAAUUCCCCGCUGACCCGGAAUAUAGGGAAAAAUUUUGUCCUAAUUGUGGAAUUAAAAAAGUUAUCUCCACUGAUAAAUAUUGUUCCGCAUGUAGUGCUAGACUAGGUGCC